AUGAAAGAAUCAAAAUAAAUAGAAGGGACGUGGCUCAAGUCUAUGAAAUUGAUCUUUAAGGUGUUUUCAGAAUUUGGCUUCCUUCGCCGCAUCAGACGCAUAAACAUGGCUGAAGACGCUGCUCUCAAAUCCAUAUAUCACUUCACUGUCAAGGACAUUCGUGGAAAUGAUGUAAGUUUAAGUGACUACAGCGGGAAAGUUGUUCUGAUAGUGAAUGUUGCUUCAAAAUGUGGUUUAACGCAAUCAAACUACAAGGAACUCAAUGUUUUGUAUGAAAAAUACAAAAACCAAGGGUUUGAGAUAUUAGCAUUUCCUUGCAACCAGUUCGCGGGGCAAGAACCAGGCACCAAUGAACAGAUUCAGGAAGGCGCAUGCACAAUGUUCAAAGCUGAAUUCCCAAUUUUUGAUAAGGUGGAAGUAAAUGGAAAGAAUGCUACACCACUUUACAAGUUUCUAAAAUCAGAAAAAGGUGGAUACUUUGGGGAUGCAAUCAAGUGGAACUUCACAAAGUUUUUGGUGAACAAAGAAGGCAAAGUUGUGGAGAGAUAUGCUCCAACUACAUCUCCCCUCAAAAUUGAGAAGGACAUACAGAACCUACUAGGAUCUUCUUGAUGUUGCAGCAGUAGUAGCAUAUAUUGGUGUGGCCUUAGAUCUAAAGCUUGAUUAGUGUUUGGUGGGUGACCUUAGAUUGGUGCUGUAAUGAUUGCAAGGUCAACCAUGAAUAAUAUCUGUGUGGAGCUUUUACACACACAAAUGUUUACAUUUUUAGGAUAAUAUUUGACCAAUUGAUGGAUACUGCUAAACAAAUAAAGUUGAAUGAGACCACUCCUCCCUGUAUGUUGGCAUUUUACGCCUAAUAAAUAAAUAAAUGCAGCCACACAAAUAUUGAUUAGGGUCAA